AUGGGAAAUUGCAUUGGGAAGAAGGAAAAUCAUCAAAAAGCAGAAACUCUGGAAAAAAGCAACACUUUAUCAAAUGAAAAAGAGCCAGAAAUUGACUUUGAGUCAGAAUUUAACGUGAUGUGACAAGAUUUUGGUGAUGAAAGUAAAGAAUAUUUUAGCAAAAAUUCAUGAUGACAGUCUUCGACUAUUUUUUGAUAAAAUCGAAAUCAAAAAAGACUCAGCCGAAGAGUUUUUAACCACUUACAUUUUGAAAUGCCAAACUUUAGCUGUGAUCACGCAGCCAGAGCUUUUUGAAUAUUGUAAACUGUAAAACUGAUUUAGGAAUGAACUGAACUCAUGGGAUGCCCUAGCAAAUUCUAUUCAAGAAAAGAUUAGGGAAUAUUCAGAAGAGUAUUUUUUAUAUAGUAAGAAACAUAUGAGACUAUUUUUUAAAUAUAUUUUUGAAAAAAGCUCAGAUUAUCCUAAGGUAAUAGAAACAAAACUAGCCAUACCCAUUCUAGAGAUUCUUAUUGAGCUGUUUCCUUGGUCUCUUGCCAAUAGAUUCCUUGUCUAUUUAGAAAUAGAAAGGUGGCAUUGAUGGAAAUUGGACUUCGAGGCGCACUCUUUAUGGAGUAGGUCGGACCAAUCCUUAUGAAGCUGAAAGCAGGGGCCCCUGACCCUUGGUGAAGUAGGCCUUCAGGUUUGAGAAUGCCUCUGCCAGAUGGACUUGAGAGGUUUUGCUACCACAUGGGUCUUUCUCGGGGCGCCAUACAGAUGGUUAUUCUGCCCUAGGAGCUAAUUUCAUGGACAGGCGUUUCAGAUCGGAAAUCCAAAAGGUUGACCUUGUGGAGCAAAGAUGGGCGACAGCUAGCUGCUUAUCCGCUUAUAACCAGCAUAAUCAUUUAAUUAUUAUUUGUCUAUUUAAAAAAUGUACAGAAAAUCAGAACACUUAAAAAUUGAUGAAUGGGAGCACAUUCCAGUAUUUUUGAUCGAACAUAAAGAUGGACUUCACGAUUAUAACGAAGAAGACAGUGCUUUUCCAAGGCUUUUUGAUGAGUUCGUUAAGAGCAUGUCUUCUACUUUUAUUAGAGUUUUAACUCAUGAAUAA